AGACACUCCGGGAGAAUGCCAGGUUUGCAGAUGUCUUCCUAAAACAGAACAGCAAAUUUUACGCUGGCAAGCAUACUGGGGAGAGAAGAGUUGUCGAGGGCUCCAGAUGAGAACAUGGCCAAUGGCAUUGAGGACCUCAUCGGGAUCCCCUUCCCCAACCACAGCAGCGACGUCCUGUGCGGCUUGAACGAGCAGCGGCACAACGGCCUCCUCUGCGACGUCAUCCUCAUCGUCCAGGACCAGGAAUACAGAACCCACAAGUCUGUGCUGGCUGCCUGCAGCCAGUAUUUUAAGAAACUCUUCACUGCCGGCACUUUAGCAGACCAGCCCUAUGUUUACGAGAUAGACUUCGUCAAGCCUGAAGCACUUUCGGCAAUCCUGGAGUUUGCCUACACCUCGACGCUCACCAUCACCGCCUCCAACGUCAGGCACAUCCUGAACGCGGCCAAGAUGCUGGAAAUCCAGUGCAUCAUCAACGUCUGCCUGGAAAUCAUUGAGCCCAGCAACGAGGAGGAGGACAAGGAGGAGGAGGACGAGGAGGGGGAGGGGGAGGAGGAGGAGGAGGGGGAGGAGGAGGAGGAAGCAGAAGACUUUGCAGCCCAGAACCUAGCCGAUGUCCAAGACAUCGGCUGCCACCAAAGUCCAUCCAAAUCCGACCUUGCCGAAGAGGCCUACUCAGAAACGCCAGGCGGGUUCUCCGACCACUUCCCCGUCGGGAGCUCCAGUGGCUCUCUGGGCGUGAUCAGAGACUUCUCCAUCGAGUCUCUCCUGCGGGAAAACCUGUACCCCAAAACGAGCCUCCCCGAGCGGAGGCCAGCCCUGUCCCCCUUCGUGCCCGAUCUCUUCCCGCGGCUUUGGAACGGGGACUGCGGCGCCUUUGCCCAAGGGCAGGAGCAGCCGGGGGAGAGCGGGCCCCUGGACUUGGUGAUCCGGAAGAGGAAGAUCAAAGAGGAGGAGAGGGAGGAGCCCCUGCCCACCCCCUUCCCCAACAGCCUCUUCAAGGACAUCUUUGCCAGCAGCCCCGUGCACCACCUGGGGCACAUCAAGGCCGAGAGCGACUACGGCGCCUACUUGAACUUCCUCAGCGCCACCCACUUCGGCGGAGUCUUUCCCCGGUGGCCGGAGGAGAGGAAGAUGAAGCCCAAGGCGUCCCAGCAGUGCCCCAUCUGCAACAAGAUCAUCAUGGGCGCCGGGAAGCUGCCGCGGCACAUGAGGACCCACACGGGAGAGAAGCCAUACAUGUGCACAAUCUGCGAAGUUCGGUUCACCAGGCAAGACAAGCUGAAGAUCCACAUGCGCAAGCACACCGGCGAGCGGCCGUACCUUUGCAUCCACUGCAACGCCAAGUUCGUCCACAACUAUGACCUGAAAAACCACAUGCGCAUCCACACCGGCAUCCGUCCGUACCAGUGCAAGUUCUGCUACAAGAGCUUCACCCGUUCGGACCACCUGCACCGCCACAUCAAGCGCCAGAGCUGCCGCAUCUCCCGGCCCAGGAGGGGGCGCAAGCCGGCCACCUGGCGAGCGGCGAGCUUACUGUUUGCGCCCAACAGCCAGCCGGAUGACAAGAGCUUCAUGGUGCCCCCGGUGCUAGACGACGUGAGCGGCCACCUCAGCGGUUCAGCCAUGUGCCUUCCCGGCCCCAGCCCAAAGCAUUUUAUGGAUGGGGCCAAGAACACCCUGAGCUUGCAGGAGCUGGAGAGCCAGUUUGAGGAGACCCAGAUGAAACUCUUUGGGAGGACGCACCUGGACGUGGAGCGGAACGGCAGUCUCUUUGCCUUUGCGCUGGGCCACAAUGACAGAAUCUCGGCACGUCCGUAUUUCUCCCUCCCUGACCCCUGGAGCUCGGGCUUCAGUGGACUGACGGGACUCAACCCCCUUGGCCCCAUUUCUGAGGCUAGCAACUGAGGCGCCCCUCUUUCCAAGGGAUACUUUCGGCCUUCUUCAGCACUUCUGUGGUUCCCUUGGGCAAAUCAAGGACUCUUUUUCUUACUGAAAGACUGUUGAAAAUGAGAACAGCCCCUGCAAAUUGCUCAGUCCUGUUGAGAUCCAACAUAAAGCAUCUCUUCUUUGCACCAAACAAA